UUCUUUGUGAUACUCCGUUGGUAUAUUAAUACAGUAUCUGUAUCAUAUAGGGUUGAGUUUAUUCCUCUGUGAUACUCCGUCGGUAUAUUGAUAUCCUAUCAUAUAGGGUGGGCGUUGACGUCAGGGCGUGAAUUUUAAAAUAAAUGUCAUUUUAAAAUUAAAGAGGGGUAUGAAAGUAAUGGGGCAUCUAAGGGUAAAUACUUUUCCGUUUUAGGGUAUAAGUGUUCUUUUCCCAUAAUAAAAAGGAUAGAUAAAGAGAACAGGAACAAAGAGAGAAAAUGAAUCAGAACUAGAAACCAUAAAACUUAUGUGCAUCUCUCUGCGACUUGUCGAAGAUUUUUAUUAGGCUUGUGGAAUUAUAUUUUUUGGUUAAGUAAACAGGAACCUAUCUUUGUUUUACGCUUUAACCAUAACCUUUUUUUAAUCAAGUAAGAGUAUUUCAUUCAUAAAAACGGCCAUAAGUAGUCAUAUACAGGGGUUAUGCCAAAAGCUAAAUAACCUACAAAACAAUAUGAUUCUCUACAAACUUCACCCAAUCAUCUAUACAAGAAGGAACUUUUGGUGUGCACCAAAAGAAAACAAGUUAACGUAGACUACUAUUCAACUGAGAGAAACUCGAUCCUACUCCUUCAAAAGCACUCUUAUUUCUCUCCAAACAACCCACAUUAACGCUAGUGGAACCAUGUUCCAAGCCCUUCGCCUUCUCCUCCUAAUCUUCCAGCCGAAUAUCAACUCAUACACAGUAUUUGGCAUUACCCAUGAAGUGUCAAACUACCUAAACAUAUCUCACCAUAGCCUCAUAGUCAACCGCCAAUGUAUAAGAAGAUGAUCCACGCCCCCGCCCGCCUCCUAACAUAUAAUUAUUAUAUGUGGGGGGUAGUUGAAGCAGGAGAGCCAACAACUUUACCACGCUAAAUUACAACAAAAAAUAAUUCCUCAAUUACAAGGUAAGCAAGCAAAAGUUUUUUCCAACUUAAAAAAACAGUUCAAAUUAACUUCAUUUCUUUUUUUUUUUGCACGUAAGGAUGUGUGACUUAGUGGUCAAUGGUGUGGGUUGAGCACCAUGAGGUCAAAAGUUCAAAUUCUAGUAGAGACAAAACACAAGGUGAUUAACCUAAAAGCACGUAUCAAUACAACAAAUACAGACGCAUGACACCUCAAAAAUAUAGAAAUAAAGAGAGAGGUGGACAUACAGAAUAUAAGGAGAGGUUAGAGAGGGGGAGAGAGAGGAUACAACCUAAAUGCACAUAUGAAUACAACAAAUACAUUCGCAUGAUACCACAAAAAAUAUACAAAUACAGAGAGAAUGACGAAAAUACAAAAUACAAAAAGAGGUAUAAAUAUAAAAUAAAAGAGGACGAGUGGUGAAAAUACAAAAUACAAAGAGAGGGAUAAAGAGGUGAAAAUACAAAAUACAAAGAGGGAGAGAGAGAGAGGAGAGAGGCGAGAGAGAUUUUUUUUCCUCUUAGCUAUGAACUGUAAAUAUCCAAACUAGAGUUAUAGAUCUCUAAAAUGAUAGUCAUUUUUGAAAUUAUCUUUUUUUAAGCCAUGCUCAUUUUGGAUUUAAACAAAAAGUUUUCAGAUAUUUUUAUAAUAGUCCGUUAACGAAAAGGCAAAAUAUGCAUCAUUUGUUAGGUGACGAGGGUAUAUACGCAACACUUUUUUAACGAAGGGUAUAACCGCUCUAAAUUGCAAAGUUAAGGGGUAUAUUUGCCCUUUUCCCCUAACUUUUCUGAUUGUUAAGCUCAAAUAAAUUUCUAGUGAUUUUGUUUGCUAAAUGUGAGGAGAGAUCUUAAGCAAGUUAUUAAACAAUUUACCUUUCUAGAUUAGAUCAAGCAAGUUAUUAAACAAUUUACCUUUCUAGAUUAGAAUCCAUUUGUUGUUUUUGGUACAAAAUUUUGACUUUUCUCUAUUUACCCUGUAUAAAUAGUGCUUCCUCUGACUUCUUAUCAUCGCAACUUGCUUUUGAAGCUCUCUUCACAAUCGAUACUUCAAAAACCCGCCCACACCCAGCAAGCAGUCUCUCUUUCCAGAGCUCUCCCUCCCUCACCCAACCUUUCUUCUUAAACAAUAGAAAGUGAGUAAAACAAAAUCUACAACUUCAUACCCAAAGAAAAAUGUCGGAAUAUCUCCCAACAGAGAUGAUGGUCCAAAUCUUCUCAAGGCUCCCACCCAAAUCUCUCCUCCAAUUAAGGUGUUUAUCCAAAUUUUGGAACUCACUCAUUUCAAGCCCCGACUUCAUAUGGCUACAUACCCAACAGUCCGUCCUCCUAAAACCCUAUAAACAUUUAUUCAAGAGGAAUUUCAGCACAGCUCUCAAGAAGGAAAAAAUUCGACUCGCUGAUGUAUCAGAUGUUGGCACUGAAAUGCCAUUAAGAUCCCCUUUUAAUGGCAGAGCGCCAGAUUAUAUCUAUUGUAGGAUCAUUGGUAUAUGCAACGGUGUUCUCUGUGUGUUAGAUGAUUUAUUUGAAUAUAAAAGUCGUGUGGUACUUUGGAACCCUAGUAUAAACAGAUGCCUCACCCUCCCAAUGACUCCUCUUUGCUGUGACAACUCAAGGACGUAUGUGUUUGUCUUUGGGUUUGGGUUUGCUGCUAAAACAAGAGAUUACAAGGUUGUGAGGAUGGCCUAUGCUCGUGGUGAUGGUCAAUACUUGCUUCCACCCAGGGUUGAGAUAUAUGCACUAAGUUCAGGAAUCUGGAAGGAUUUUGAUGGUUUUAUUCCAGAUAUUGGUGUCGUAGAGUACUUCUGGACACAGGUUGUAGUUUGUGGGAAAGUCCACUGGACCGCAUACAAGAGAAAUGGGGAGAGAAGGGUGGAGAACUUGAUUAUGGCGUUCAAUCUCAAUGAGGAGAUUUUUCAAGAAUUAUCAUUACCAGAAAUUUUGGUUAAUGAACCACCUAUGAAUCUGAAUGUUGCACAGCUUGAGGAAUUACUUGUUGUGUAUCAGUAUGAUACACGUAUUUGGAGCAGCAGUUGCUCCAUUUGGGUAAUGAAAAGGUAUGGAGACACAGAUUCAUGGAGCAAAGAAUAUAAUGUUGCACUUGGCCAGGGGCAUUUGGGCAUGGUACUAGCCGUUACUGAUUGUAGCAAAAUAUUGUUGACAGACAUAACGGGGUUGCUAGCUGUGUACAAUCCUGAGACGCAAACAAAGGAAAGCAUCGAUCUUGCUGGCACUAUGUACUCUUUUUAUUAUGACAAUUACGAGGAAAGCCUUGUUUUGCUAGAUAAAGGGGAGUUACUGCCUCCAGUUGAUUUAACAUCUGAGGAGUCGACAGAUGCUGACGACGAAGACGUAGAAGAAAAUGAUCCUCAAAUACGUGAACUCCGGAAGCAUCAUGUUAUGCAUCGGCGUGUCACAGCUUUUCUUGGAGCCAGAAAUAAUAACGAACAAAUGUUAUGAAGUUUAGGCAUACUUAUAGGAGAGAUGGAAUAUCUGCUUUCUCAGUCCUUCCCAAUUUUUUUUUAUCAUAGCUGUCUGUUGUUUGGUCUAAUUUCAAGUGUUAUGAUUAUUAUUGCGACUAUAAUCAAUUUGAGUGUUCCUCCAGUUGUGGUUCUGUAUUUGAUUAGAUCAAUUAAUCUGAAUGUUCAGAAUCUUUCAAUUAUUUUUAUAUGGUAACCUAAAUCUACCAACCCCAGACCCCUCUCUCCCUAGGAGUCAAUACUGGCCCUCUCCACCUUGUUCUCUUGGUGACUCAAUCCCCCAACCUCAAGGUUGGAGGUGGAGAGUUCUUUUCACUUGAGCUAGCCUUUCUAUUCAGAUGAAAUGCUUCAAAAUUAAAUGUGCUAGUCAUUCCAUUUUAGUUAGAGAUAAUCAAAUUUUGGUAAUUACUGAGAAUCUAUUUCUUGAUUAGUUAUGAACUUCUCAAUCAAAUAUGAGACAAACCGCUACCAAAGUCCUGUGCUUUCAG